CGGCCGCGGGGCGGGCGUAAGAUGGCGACGGCGGCGGCGGGAGCCCUGGGCCUGCUGUGGGGCUGGCUGUGGAGCGAGCGCUUCUGGCUGCCCCAGAACGUGAGCUGGGCCGACCUGGAGGGGGCGGGCGACGGCGACGGCUACCCGCGCGCCCGGCACAUCCUGUCGGUGUUCCCGCUAGCGGCGGGCGUCUUCUCCGUGAGGCUGCUCUUCGAGCGAUUUAUUGCUAAACCCUGUGCACUCCAUGUUGGCAUCGAGGACAGUGGACCUUAUCAGGCCCAACCCAAUGCCAUCCUUGAAAAGGUGUUCGUAUCUAUCACCAAGUAUCCUGAUGAGCAGAGGCUGGAGGGCCUGUCAAAGCAACUGGACUGGGAUGUCCGAAAAAUCCAAUGCUGGUUUCGCCAUCGGAGGAAUCAGGACAAGCCCCCAACGCUCACUAAAUUCUGUGAAAGCAUGUGGCGAUUCACUUUUUAUUUAUGUAUAUUCUGCUACGGAAUUAGAUUUCUCUGGUCGUCCCCUUGGUUCUGGGACACCCGACAGUGCUGGCACAGCUAUCCAUAUCAGCCUCUUUCAAGUGGACUUUACUACUAUUAUGUCAUGGAAUUGGCCUUCUAUUGGUCUCUCAUGUUUUCUCAAUUUAUAGACAUUAAAAGAAAGGACUUCCUGAUUAUGUUUGUACAUCACUUGGCCACCAUCGGGCUGAUCACCUUCUCCUACAUCAACAACAUGGUCCGGGUGGGGACUCUGGUCAUGUGUCUUCAUGAUGCCUCAGACUUCUUGCUGGAGGCGGCCAAGCUAGCAAAUUAUGCCAAGUAUCAGCGGCUCUGUGACACCCUUUUUGUGAUCUUCAGUGCUGUGUUCGUGGUCACUCGUCUAGGAAUCUAUCCAUUCUGGAUUCUGCACACAACUCUCUUUGAAAGUUGGGAGAUGAUCGGGCCCUAUCCUUCCUGGUGGCUCUUCAAUGGCCUUCUCCUGAUCCUACAGGUCCUGCAUGUCAUCUGGUCCUACCUUAUUGCACGAAUUGCUUUCAAAGCCUUGAUCCGAGGAAAGGUGAGGAUGCGAGAUGGACUAGAUCCAGACUCUGUACUCUCCACUCUUUUCUCACCUCCUUCCUUUUCUCUAUGCCUGGUGGGAGCUGGACAGUUUCAUCUCUUGCAUGUGUCCAAGGAUGACCGCAGCGACGUGGAGAGCAGCUCAGAGGAAGAAGACAUGGCGGCCUACACAAAGGGCCCCCAGGGCAGCUGCCCCAGCAACGGGGCCAGCUGUGUGAACGGCCACAUGGGAGGCAGCCACUGGGCUGAAGAGUGAAGUGGUUGGUAUGGGAACUCCAGCACACGUGGCCUUGUAGGGCCACUGGUGACCUACGCCCAUCGGGCCACCCCACGUCUACACGCCCGUGACUAGGGGACUGCAAGGCACUGAGGAAAAUCAAAGAAGCAAAUAUUUUCACUUUUUUUAAAAAACUCUGCCAUUUUGUAUUUAAUAGCCUCCAGGUCCUUUAAAUAAUGUUAUUUGUGUGUGUGCGUGUGUGUGUGUGUGUGUGUUCAUUGUCUGGGUUGGGGCAUAUUCGGGACUGGGGCCACAAGGCCUCUGCUGGUCCUGUCUGCAUCCAGCUCCAGCCCGGCUCUGGCUGUGUGUGAAGUCUGCCGGCUCUGGACUGUCUGCUCCCUCACUGCCCUUGGCCCUGAGGCCCUAAACCCCGGGCCACCGGCAUGCAGCCAGCAAGCUCAGCUCCCGGCUCCCACACGGUGCCUCUUUUGGAGCUGGAAUCUUCCCCGCUGAUGACUCUAGACACAGAGACCUGGGCGGAUGGCCAGACUGCCGUGGCCUCUAGCUAGAUCCCCUUCCUACCACCUGGUGAUGACAGGGACAGCUGCUGAUUCCCUGCGCUUUGCUCAUGGUACGCAGGCAGGGGGGUGGCGAGGCUGAGCUGAGGGCCGGAGGGCAGCAGCCACUGGGUGAGCUGUUCCUGAUUUGAUACUGUUGUUUACUCUCCCGUGAUUAAAAGUGCUUCAACCCUCCUCUCCUGUC